AUGGGUAAAACACAACCAAACCUCUUCGCAUUUCGCAACGUUGACGCUCUCGCCCCGGCGUUGCGUUCGUAUGUCAUCCAGAGCCAAGCUGCCGGUAUCGCCCGGCACGGCGCUUUCAAAGUGGGUGUAUCUGGUGGUUCGCUCCCCAGGACGCUCGCCCAAGCCCUCCUGGCCCCCUCUUCGGGCCCCAACGAUGUCGUCGAUUUCAAGCGCUGGGAAAUUUUCUUUGCGGAUGAGCGCGCUGUGCCCCUCGACCACGAAGACUCCAACUACGCCCUCCUCAAGAAGGAACUUCUGGAUAAGAUCCCCGAGGACCAGAAGCCCACCGUGCACCCCAUCGACACAGAACACUUGAACGACUUGCAAGAGCUUGCCGACCAGUACGAGAAGACACUCGUUGCCAGCUUUGCCAGCCGCGACUCGGUCCGUCUGCCUAUCUUCGACCUCCUCCUCCUCGGCUGCGGUCCCGACGGACACACUUGCUCUCUUUUCCCUGGCCAUGAACUGCUCCGUGAAGUCGACGCCUGGGUUGCCCCCAUUGAAGACUCCCCCAAGCCUCCCCCCAAGCGCAUCACCCUCACUCUUCCAGUCGUCAACCACUCCGUUCGUGUCGCGUUCGUCGCUACUGGCGGCGGCAAGAAGGAGAUCAUGAAGCAGAUCUUCGAUACCGACCGUGGUCUGCCUUGCACUCUUGUCAAUGAGGGCACUGGCGAGCGCUGCAGUUGGUUCGUCGACGAGCCUGCUGUCGAGGGCGUCAGCUUUCCGCGAAGGGCUUUCCUAUGA